AUGCAAGCGGUUCCAGGUUUUGUCAAUACCACCUCCACUGUCUUUAAUGCUACCACCACCAACACCACCGCUGUCAACGCAUCCCCCGCUGGUUCCACCUACACCACGGCAACCUACGAGUGUGCGCCGGGGUGUCGGCUGCGGCGGCUGGCGAACGGGGUGUGCGAUGCGGCAUGCAACACGCCCGUGUGCGCCUUUGAUGGCGGCGACUGCGCGUGUGUCGACCCGCUCUUUGGCCCCGGCAUCUGCCCCUGCCCCCCCGGCCACACCCGCCGCGACGACGGCUCAUGCUGUCUAUCCACGGCGGUGGGCACCGAUCUCAACUUCCCCUUCUCACUGCAGCGCUACGGCCCCAACUACACCGAGAGCAACUAUGUCUUUGCGGCUGAGAGGGGCUUUGCUGCCACACGCUACGUGUCUCGCCGCAACCGCUGCACCGCUCUUCACUCCCUCCCUUGGUCACAGCUGCACCACUCUUCUCUCCUCCAACCCCCCUUACUCCUCCCUGACCUCCCCCUUCCCGCCCCUCUUCUCCCCAGCCUGCUGCACCUGGCGGGGUGGUGCAGCAACGGCACAACCAGGGAGCCGUUUGGAGUGAACCCGCACUUCCUGCCCACAUCGGCCAUCUACGACAGCGCUGCCAGCGCCAACAUGAGCCAGCUCGACAACGACACCUUCGGCUUUAAACUGCAGUUCAAUCCUCAGGGCCUCCCCUACGGCUUCAUCUACCCCAUGAAGUCUCUCACGACAUACCCUUUGGUGUUUGGGAUUAAUCUCGAUAACGAGGCCGCCACAAGGCGUCUACAAUACUUGGUGGAUGGCAGCUACAUUGACAACGGCACGCGCAGCAUUGACGUUAGCUUUAUAACCUUCAACGUGUACACCGCACCGCAUGCCUCUCAAGGCGUGCUUCUUAAUGCACGCUCCUCACUCGCCUCCUUGAUGCCCCCCCGGUUGCCGGCAGGCGAGACGCUCACGUUUGUGCUGACAACUGUGAGGUGCACGUUGGAUGUGGGCGGCAGCAUGGCAGUGAGCUUCAAGUCGCAGCCAGCAGCCAUGGCGAUGUACGAUGCAUCGGCGGACAACAUCGCACGGCUGGUGCUGGAGGUGGUGUACCUGGUGGGGCUGCUCUGGAAUGUGUGUGGCGAGCUGCAGGAGAUGGCCGACCGCGCUGCCAUGGAUGGCUCUGUACUCAGCUACUUCAGCCUCGUUUGGAACUGGGUCGACAUGCUCUCUCUCUCGCUGCAAGUGGCUGCGGUUGUUAUCUGGGUGGUUCUAUGGCGGUACGUGAGCGCAUUUGACAUGCAGCCACGGUACGACAUCUACUACUCGCUGCUCGAGACGCCACGCUAUUGGGCCGUGCCCAACCCGCCCACGGGCUUCAUUAGGGCCACUCAGGCCUUCGCUGAUCUGCGCAACAUCAUCAACCUCCGCGCCGUCUACUUCGCCCUCCAGGGCAUCAAUGUCUUCUUCAUGAUGAUGCGCCUACUCAAGGUGAUGGACUUCCAGCCUUACCUUGGAGUCAUCACACGCUCCCUCAGCCUCGCCACGCCCUCGCUGCUGCACUUCUUCCUACUCUCCUUCACGGUCUUCUUCUGCUUCAGCAUGUACGCCUACCUCGUCUUUGGAGGCGCAAUGGAGCUGUUCUCCUCGGUCCUGGAGUCCAUGUUCUCGUUGUUCCUGCUGCUCAUCAACGACAACGGGUCGGCCUACUUCUUGCAGCGCCUGGAGUCGUGGGACCUCAUAUCGGCGAUGCUCUUCUUUCUCAUGUUCAUUGUCUUCAUGGUCUUCAUCCUCCUCAACUUCCUCAUCGCCAUCAUCGUCGAUGCCUUCAUGGACGUGAAGGAUAGCAACGUUGUCGCCACCUCCAUAGCCACUGACCUCGCCCAUAUCAUCAAGUACAAGUGGAACUGCUGGUGCGGCCGGUACUUGCCAUACCGCGUCAUUCUCGACCGCCUUCUGGACCUGGGGGUUAAGGACACCCGCAUUAAAGAGGAUCGGAUACGCCGCUUUAAGUCCAUCCAACGGCGGGUAGGCUUCAUGCUCUCCGGCACGCGAGGCAGCGCCGACAAGCCGGUGCACUUGGCCCGGUCUGAGAACCAACCCGCCUUCCCGUCGGCUGUCAGUUCUCGGGUGCGGCGGCAGCACGUGCUGACAGUGAGGGAGAAGCGCAUCGACGCCAUCUCGCUCGCCAUGAUCCUGCAGCGCCGCCACGACAAGGCGACAAAAAAGGUUCUUCAAUCAGCCGAUGCCAUGUCGGCCAAGGCGACUUUUUUCUCCCCGUCCUCGUGUGAGAGUGGCGCCAUGUGCGGGACUGCCCCCUGGACCGCGGACGAGGAGCAGCUGGAGCAGCUGUCGCAGGCGGUGGUGCUGCAGUGCGGCGAGGUGGUGAAGCAGGCCGCCCUGCCCGUCAAGAAGCCCAUGCAGAAGCUCAGCCUGGCGCACAUCAAGUCGCAAAAGCACCUGUGUCCCAUGCGUCCCAUCUCUCCCGAGUGCCAUGCAUGUGGUGAGCAGGAGGAGGUGGUGCGCGGCCUGCUGGCAGUGGAGGAGCUGAGGGGCGUGAUGGCAGACAUGCAGAGCAACAUGCUUGACCCGUGCCCCGUGUGUCCCCUCUCUCCCAUGAGGCAGUGGCUGACCAUCCUUGUCCCGUGUGUCCCCUCUCUUCGAUGUCCUGUGAGAGGGUGUGUGCGAGCAGGAGGAGGUGGUGCGCGGCCAUGA